CGCCUCUCAUUGCCGGGGAGCGAGCACCGCGAGGACGCGGAGGAGGAACCGUCCGCAUCCUCCUCCUUCGCAGAAUAACGCACGGGCGUGCGUGUUCAAGGAGGGGAGUAAAAAAAAACAACAACAAAAAAAACCUCCCGGUGCUUUCUGAUUUAAAAAAAAAAAAAAGGUACCGGUGCGAGGUUGCCAGUCUGGAGCCCCCUCCUCCCCCUUUAAAUUGGACCCUCCGCGCUUUGACUGCGCUGGUGAGCUCGCGUGUUUCAUUCUCCGCGGAGCCGCCGCCUCACCGCACGGAAAUACCGGGACUCUCUCCGCUCGCAGCCGCGGCUCCACUUGCUGGUUGAUCAUUACAGGAUGGAUGACACGUGAGUCACUUACCUCUCCGAGUCAACAGGACCGCCCUCAAGCUGACAGAGCCAGCGCAUUCACAUCCCUUUUGUCUUUUUUUAUAAAGAAACCACAUCGAUGACUUUCAUCGAGGACGUUCAUGAACAGGAUAUGCUGUGAUACUUUUUUUGUUGAUUUCCGACUGCGACGGCCAUGGUCUUUCCCCAAGCGGAGGAAAAUCAGGACUUUGGCUCUGCUGUUUUGCGUCGUCACAUUUACAACGUUCCUGUUCAGUUACACUUUCAGGGACCCGUCGCUCUACUUCUUCAAGUACGCUUUCCGCCUGUCGGAUAACUUGUUCUCCAAAGGGCCGUGCGCCUGCCGGCGGUGCGUGGCGGAGGCGGAGGACGACCCCUGGUUCGCCGAGCGCUUCAACCAGUCCGUCCACCCUCUGAUGACCAGGGAGAACAGCGUCCUCUCGGAUGAAACCUUUAAAUGGUGGCAGUGGCUGCAGUCGGAGAGGCAGCCGGCCAACUUCACCGAAGUUGUGGAGGAGCUGUUCCGAGUCAUCCCCGACGAGGUGCUGUACAUGGACGCCGGCCCCAAGCGCUGCAGGACCUGCGCCGUGGUGGGGAACUCCGGGAACCUGAAGGGGGCUCGGUACGGCGGCCUCAUCGACUCGUGUGAUGUCAUCAUCAGAAUGAACCAGGCGCCCACCACUGGUUUUGAAGAGGACGUGGGCGCCCGGACAACGCAUCACGUCAUGUAUCCAGAGAGUGCCAUGGACCUGGACAACACCACCAGUCUGGUGCUGAUCCCCUUCAAGACUCUGGACCUGCAGUGGAUCAUCAGUGCCCUGACGACGGGCACCAUUAAACACACAUACACACCUGUUAUGUCCAGGAUCAAGGCGAACAAAGACAAGGUGCUGAUUUACAAUCCAACGUUUUUCAAAUACACCUACGAGUCGUGGCUCGAAGGUCACGGACGAUAUCCUUCCACCGGCUUCCUCAGCCUAAUGCUGGCCGUCCACAUAUGUGAUGAAGUCACCGUGUUCGGAUUCGGGGCGGACCAGAACGGCAACUGGCACCACUACUGGGAGGACAACAGUUUGGCCGGAGCUUUCCGACACACGGGAGUCCACGAUGGAGAUCGCGAAUAUAAUGUCACUUUGCAGCUGGCGGACAAGCACAAAAUUCAAAUGUUUCGAGGCAGAUGAUACCGAAGGCCACCAAAAAAAAAAAAAAAAAAAACCUCAGCAGCCUUUUUUUUUGUCAAAUGGUUCUCUUUUGUUCUCUAAAAGACGUUCUCGCAUGAACUCUUAUGGUCUGUCCGGUUCUCUUUCCGUCACCAGAUUUCAAAUGCUCUGGAAAAAACCAACAGAGCCUC